CCGUAGUCCUUCGGACACCUCAAACAAGGAGAGAACAUAAUCGCCUCGCCGCUCCCUCUCUUCCUCUCAAUUCGUCUGGCGCUUAAUGAAAUUGUACCCUCGCAUCUGUUUUCCCAGUCAACCCUUCCUAGUCCGCGCGUACAAAACUUCUACAGCACAAGUUGUACAUCACCCACGCCAAACAUGCUACACCGAAUAACUUCUGUAGAAAGAAAAGCUAGAGAAACUCUGGGGAAAAAGAUCUUCUGGCGCCUUCUCAUACGCCCCCCGAUACUUUACGUGGGGCCACCCGACCCGUUUUCCCUUCUCGAAUUCUCCCUCUCUAUGAUUAUUCAUCCCGUUUGCCCUUUUUCCUAAUAUUUCUGAAGAAGUUUCUGGAAACGACAACAUCACCGCCACCGUAACCGCCACAACCUCCACCUCCGACUCCACCACUGCGACCGCGCUUUUUACAUUUCGUCGCCGCUGUUUAUGCUUCUUCAACUGUUAGUUUCCGUCGACUGCUCUGGGAAAGGUGUAGUUAAGAUCUCAGAGUUUGAAGCAGAAGCGUCGAAGCUUUUUUGUUGUCUUUUUCCGGAGUUCGUUUUAGGUUUCAAAGAAGCGGCCAUAUAUUUUGAUAUUUUGUGUCUGUGUGCGACAUGAGCGGCGAAGGCACAACUGGCAGCGGCGGGGGGAGUAGUGCCUGCGGCGGAGAGUCACAGAGGUCAGUUCCGACGCCGUUUCUGACAAAGACUUAUCAGCUAGUGGAUGAUCCCAGCAUCGAUGAUUUCAUCUCGUGGAAUGAAGAUGGGACGACUUUCAUUGUUUGGCGGCCAGCGGAGUUUGCCAGAGAUUUGCUGCCUAAAUAUUUUAAACACAAUAAUUUCUCCAGUUUUGUUCGUCAACUCAACACCUACGGAUUUCGAAAAGUAGUUCCCGAUAGGUGGGAGUUUGCAAACGAUUGUUUUAGAAGAGGCGAGAAGUCGUUACUCAGAGACAUCCAACGCCGAAAAAUUUCGGCCGGCGCCGCUGCCGCGGCAACUACAGCUAUAGAAUGCAAUGAGCAUUCGAUAACGGUAGCAGUGGCGCCGGGUACGGGUAUUAAAAUAUCUCCCGCAAAUUCUGGCGACAAACAAGUUCUCUCAUCCAACUCGUCCCCCGCGGCAACGGCAGCCACUCCCACUCCCCCAGUGCUGCGAGCCGCAGAAAUAUUAGAGGAAAACGAGAGGCUAAGGAGAGAGAAUUGGCAGCUGAGGCAGGAGCUGAAUCAGUUAAGGAGCUUGUGCGGCAAUAUAUACAAUCUGAUGUCGAUUUACGCGACAAAUCAAUGCGAAGCGGCGCUGCCGGAGGCGAGAGCGUUGGAAUUGAUGCCGGAAACGCCGUCCAAGGCGGAGGAGGCAGGCGCCAAGGCGGAGGAGGAGGAGGAAAUGUGUCCCAGGAUAUUUGGAGUUUCCAUCAGGGGUAGUAAGAGAUUGAAGAGGACUGAAAACGGAAAGGACGACGCGAUGCGGGCGCGUGGAACGGAUGUUAAAUUAGAGCCGUCGGAUGCUAAGAGUAGUAAGAAUCAUGAGGAACCUCCUAGGCUUGAUAAAUAAUGAAGAAUGAGAAAAGAGAUGAAUUAUGUGCAAUUGACUUGGUGGGGGGACCGGUGCCGAUGGUGUGACUGACAAUGGAGAAUGUAACACGUGUGUGCGUGCGCGCGCUGACUAGGUUAUGUUACGGAUAUAUAAUAUAAUUGGAAUAGGAGUGGGAAUUGGAAUGUGGGAGGCGGGCGCAGCUUCUGGUGGUUUCUGGGUAGAUUGCGAAAAAUGGGCCACGGUGUUGAGUGCUGCUGAUCUGUUGGGCCAAUGGACGGAGACCAAUAUGGUUGAUGGGCUUUAUGCUUCGAAAUCUGGUUUCUGCCGCCGUCACUGGCGUCAUUCAAAAACUCCCGAAAAUUAGUAGUGGGCCCCAAGGGACGAAGUUUUUUUUCCGUCGUGAUGGUGUUGGUGGGGUCGCCGUCCCACGGGUUUUUAUACGGCCUGGGAUUGGACUUGAGGGGUGUCGUCUCACUCUUCUAUAAAGAAGGUAUGUUAUGUGGGAUGAACAAUCUGAAAUUGAAGAUCAUGUUUGGAUUUAUUUAUAUAUACACAUGUGGAUUGGGAUGUAAGAAUUUUGUAUGGGGCGAAGUAGUCAGCAAUUUCUGAGUUGUAGAUAAAAGACGGGAAUCAACUGAUAGAUAGAAAGCUGUCGUUUGAAUGUGCAGCGUCGGCCCAGAAAAUGGAGUUCUUGUGCUUGAUCUCUAAUGGCGGCCAAUACCGCUGAUAUGUGGUUUUCCUCCUCCUUUGCCACCAUCGUAGAAAGACAGUUGAAGUUUGAUACAGUAGUUCUAUUACACACUUUUGAUUCUGAAUGUAACAGGUACCUUGUGUUGUUGCUUAGGAGGUGGAAGCAUAAGUAACUAGUUGUCACAAUUCCCAUUACUAACGCC